AUCCUCAAACCGUUACCAAGACUACUGAAACUGGAAACUGAAGCAAUAAUACUGAAAAAAUGGCUGGUAAACCUAAGAAAAAAGAGGAAGAAGAUGAUGCAGAUAGUAAAAAAGAGGAGAAGAAAUCUAAGAAGAAAGGAACUGCUGUGGGCAUAGACCUUGGGACCACGUAUUCCGUCGUGGGCGUGUUUCAGCAUGGUAAAGUGGAAAUUAUCGCGAACGACCAGGGCAACAGAACAACGCCCUCCUAUGUCGCGUUUACUGAAACCGAAAGGCUGAUUGGCGAUGCUGCUAAAAAUCAGGUAGCUGUCAACCCAAGAAAUACAGUUUUUGAUGCAAAACGCCUCAUUGGACGAAAGUUUGAUGACCCUAAAGUGCAAGAAGAUAUCAAACAUUGGCCUUUUCAAGUUAUCUCCGACAGUGGAAAGCCCAAAAUUCUCGUCGAGUACAAGAAGGAAAAGAAAAAGUUUUCGCCAGAGGAAAUCUCUUCGAUGGUACUCAGUAAAAUGAAGGAAGUGGCUGAGACGUACCUCGGCGGAACAGUAAAAGACGCUGUUAUCACUGUACCUGCUUAUUUUAACGACUCGCAACGUCAGGCCACUAAAGACGCUGGAGUUAUUGCCGGUCUUAACGUCCUAAGAAUCAUAAACGAACCUACGGCAGCUGCUCUCGCUUAUGGUUUAGAUAAGAAUCUGACUGGAGAAAAAAACGUACUCAUUUUCGAUCUCGGUGGAGGAACCUUUGAUGUUUCUAUUCUACAAAUUGCUGAAGGGUCCCUGUUUGAAGUUAAAUCUACUGCAGGCGAUACCCAUUUAGGUGGAGAAGAUUUUGAUAGUAGAAUGGUGGAUCACUUUAGUCAAGAGUUCGAACGGAAGUUUAAGAAAAAUCUCAGAAACAAUCCUAAAUCACUGAGAAGACUACGAACUGCUUGUGAAAGGGCCAAAAGAACGCUGUCAUCAAGCUCCGAGGCCAGUAUAGAAAUAGACGCUUUGUUUGAGGGUGUUGACUUCUACUCCAAGAUCACCAGAGCACGUUUUGAGGAAAUGUGUUCGGAUCUGUUUCGGCAAACGUUAAUUCCAGUCGAAAGAGCUUUGAAAGAUGCUAAUCUAAACACAAGAGAAAUCCACGAUGUUGUUAUGGUUGGUGGCUCCACUAGAAUUCCGAAGAUUCAAAGGUUAUUACAGGAAUUCUUUGGCGGCAAGAAUCUUAAUUUGUCCAUUAAUCCUGAUGAAGCCGUAGCCUACGGUGCUGCAGUACAGGCUGCUAUCCUCAGCGGUUCAAAGGACGCUCGCAUUCAAGAUGUGUUACUAGUCGACGUGACUCCCUUGUCGCUUGGUAUUGAAACAGCUGGGGGAAUAAUGACUCGUUUGGUAGAGAGAAACGCUCGCAUUCCAACUGCACAGAAGCAAAUUUUCACAACUUAUGCAGAUAACCAACCUGCUGUCACCAUUCAGAUCUACGAAGGUGAAAGAGCAAUGACAAGGGAUAAUAAUUUGUUGGGCACUUUCAAUUUGUCUGGCAUACCACCUGCUCCACGGGGAGUGCCACAAAUCGAGGUCACGUUCGACAUAGACGCCAAUGGAAUUCUAAAUGUGAGUGCUGAAGACAAAAGUACGGGGAGAUCAGAAAACAUCACAAUAUCUAACGAUAAAGGUCGCCUCAGCAAGAGAGACAUUGACAAGAUGCUGAGCGAUGCUGAAAAGUUCAAAGCAGAAGACGAUGCUGCGAAGAAAAGGGUGGAACUGAGGAACCAGCUGGAAGGUUACUGUUUUGGCUGUAAGACGGCAGUCGACAACGCCGGUAACAGGCUGACAGAUGCUGAGAAGAAUGCAGUCCGUACCGAGUGCAACAACCAGUUGCGAUGGCUGGAGGGUCACGCCGACGCUUCUAACAACGAGUUGGAACAGCGCUUGAAGGCUGUCCAAGCAGUAUGCCAGCCUUCUAUGAUGAAGCUGCACGGUGCGGGGGCAGGAGGCAGUGGGCCCAGUAACGCGCGCCCGCCCAGCCCGGGCGGACCGCGAGUCACGGAGCUCGACUAAAAACAACCUUAAAAACGGGUCUUAGAGUUCAAUGUUGAUUUUGCUUCAAUCAGAACCAGUCUACAUCUUCACCUUCUGAGCCUUUUCCUAACUAUGUUGGGGUCGGCUUCCAGUCU